AUGGCAAUUAUUAAUGAAAAUGACAGAGUUUCAGACGCUAAAAGUGUUGAUAAAGCUCUAUCGGAAGUUGAAAAAACUCUCAGGGAAUUGGACGAUAGUAUAUCUGAAAAUAUCGAUCAUAACAUUGAUGAAUUAACUCAAAAUAUAGAUAUUUUAAAAAAAUCUAAAAGUUUAGAUGUCCAGGCGCAAAGGAUUGAUUCAAAUGAAUUGAGCGAUCCUAAUGUUUCUACAAAAGGUGACAUUCGUGGUCGAGUCUUUAAAAAAGUUUACGGAGUAAAUAACGUUGCAUGUAAACCAGCUAUUGAUCAUCUCAUUAAAGAUACCGAACGUGACUUAUUAGUUCUCGGAAAAUUAAAUCAAUCACAAUAUAUUCUUGACUUUUAUGGACUCUCAAAGAUUAAUGGCGUUGAGCAUACGAUCUUUGAAUGGUGCGAAUAUGGAACUUUGAAAGAGGUUUAUAAUAAAUUCGAUAUUCCUUGGAUUAGAAAAUUACAAUUUAUUCGUGAUAUAUGCUGCGGCAUUGUAUUUUUACGUCGAGCAAAUAUUUUUCAUCACGAUAUUAGAUGUGAAAAUGUGACACAAACCCUGAGCUCAAAGCUUGGGAAUUUCAGAUUACCGAAAGUAAUGGAAGCCAAUCUAAUAGAUAAUAUUCAGUGGAUGGCUCCUGAACAAAUUAAAAAUCGCACUGAUAAAAAUCUUACAAAUAAUACAUAUACAUCUAAAUGUGAAAUAUUUAGUUUCGGAAUGCUUAUUUGGGAACUAUGUUAUGAAAAGAUUCCUUAUGAAAGUUUGCAAAUGAAAGAUAUAGCAGAACAUAUUUUAAGUGGUAAAAGAGAAAAGCUUUUAAUCGGAAAUUUAAAUAAUCCUGUUGAUGAACAAAUUCAAAAAGAAUUUAUUGAGAUAAUUGAUGAAGCUUGGCGACAUAAUCCAGAUCAACGAAUAGACCUCUCAAAUUUACAUCGAAAACUUGAAACCUUAGCUGCAAGCAAUCCAAUUACCCCUUCUUCUGGACAGUUAGGUAAUAAAACGAAAAAAGAGUUCAAAGAAAAGCCUGAAACUAUAGAUUUUUUAAUGCCUAUUGAAAAAGGAAUUGAAUGUCAUCAAAAGAGAGAAUACGACAAAGCAUGGAAAUGUUUCGAGGAAAAUUCGGCUCUUGGUGAUCUAUUAGCAAAAUACUGGCAGGCGUAUUAUUUGCUUAAUGGGUAUGGAGUUAAAGAGAAUAAAGAGCGGGCAAAACAACUUUUUAAAGAAGCAGCUGAUAAUGACCAUACUAAUGCACAGCUUCAAUAUGCAUUAUUAUUGCUUCAAGAUAUUGUAAAAGAAAAAUCCGAUAGUAAAAAAGGAAUAAUGAGUGAUGAGAUUAUUCAUUAUUUAAGAUUAUCAGCUGAUAAUAAAAAUACAGAUGCAAUGUUUUAUUUGGGAGAGAUUUAUUAUAAUGGAAAUCAUGAAACGCAAAAGAAUGAAGAACUUGGAUUAAAAUAUUUAAAUCUUGCAGCCAAUAAUGGAAAUGAUAAAGCUAUUAAAUUAUUAGUCAAUAUGAAAAAAAACUUUAGUUAA